UGCAACACCCGUUCCUCCGACGUGCUCUUGAUGCGAUCAAAACAAAUUACCGGCAAAAAUGUACAAAUCUUUACCGAGGACAGCCUACAGCAAACACUUGUGACCGCCUAAUGACUAGGUGCAAGUAAAUUGACCCCAAGGACAAAGCAGUGUGAUAAAAGUGUUUUCAUCAUGAAGUUGGUACGAAAGAACGUUGACAAAACGGGUGAUGGGAGUAUUACCCUGGUGCCUGAAGAGCCCGAGGAUAUGUGGCAUGCGUACAACCUUAUCGCCGAAGGAGAUCAAGUUCGUAGCAGCACAAUCCGAAAGGUGCAAAAUGAAUCCUCAACGGGCUCUUCGAGCAGCAGUCGAGUUCGAACAACCCUCACAAUCAGCGUCGAAACGAUAGAUUUUGAUACCCAGGCCCAGGUGCUGCGCCUUAAGGGCCGCAAUAUUGAGGAGAAUCAAUUUGUAAAGAUGGGGGCGUAUCAUACGAUUGAUCUGGAGGUGAAUCGAGCAUUCACUCUAACGAAGCCGGAAUGGGAUUCGAUCGCACUCGAGCGCGUCGAGAUGGCCUGUGAUGUAACGCAGAAUGCCGACGUGGCCGCAGUCAUCAUGCAGGACGGAUUGGCCCAUGUUUGUCUGAUAACGUCCAGCAUGACACUGGUACGCAGCAAAAUUGACGUUGCGAUUCCCCGCAAGCGCAAGGGUAACGUUCAGCAACAUGAAAAGGGCCUAGGGAAAUUUUACGACGCCGUCAUGCAGGGUAUUCUGCGUCACGUUAACUUUGAAGUAGUCAAGUGCAUUCUGAUUGCUUCACCAGGAUUUGUGAAAGAUCAGUUUUACGAAUACAUGUUUCAGCAGGCUGUAAAGACUGACAACAAGGUGCUGAUAGAUAAUAAAAGUAAAUUUAUGCUCGUCCAUGCUUCGUCGGGCUUCAAACACUCUCUUAAAGAGGUACUUCAGGACCCGGCCGUUAUUGCGAAAAUGUCCGACACUAAAGCAGCCGGCGAGGUGAAAGCGUUGGAAAAUUUCUAUACCACCCUGCAACUUGAACCAGCAAAAGCUUUCUAUGGCAAAAAGCAUGUUUGCAAAGCGGCAGAUGCUCAAGCCAUCGAAAUGUUGCUGAUUUCGGACAAUCUCUUCAGAUGCCAGGACGUGGCCACUCGCAAGGAGUACGUUCAGCUGGUGGAAUCGGUGCGGGAUUCUGGUGGCGAGGUUAAGAUAUUCUCCAGUAUGCACGUGUCCGGUGAACAGCUAGCUCAGCUUACAGGCGUGGCGGCAAUCCUUCGCUUCCCAAUGCCGGAACUCGAGGACAGCGAAAACGAGGAAAGCGAUGAGUCGGAUAGUGAUUAAGGAAAAUUCGCGGGCGCAUCUCCUAACGCCUCUCGUUUGCGUCUAGUAUUUGUAUGUAUGUAUGUGCGUAACUGUACGUGUGCACUGUCGGUAUACCGCGCCAGGGACGCAUGAUCGUGGGCCCGCUGUGGCACCAUUUCGCUUCCUUUUAUUUUAUUUCGAUCGCGUUCAUUUGGCAAUGAUUAGAGUGGUGCCACCCGAAGGCUAUUAGAGCUACGUAUGUUUUAUUAUUCGAUUCAUAUAAUACUUGUUUUGGUACAAGGAGCCGCGUAAGCGCUACAAGCAAUUGUAUUAAGAAAGAAGGGAACAAGAGCUGGAAAAGGGAGGAAAGAAGUUUCAGGGACACAAGCAAUAUUAGCUAGAUAUUAUCCAUCAAUACUGCUGCUUUUUAAAUUUUUUGAUUUAACGAUUAUUUCCUACGGCCCACGGUGUGCUCCCGUGGACAGUACAGAUAUUGUGACCGGUUAGGUUUUAGGCGAACGUUUAGGGCGAAACGACAUCAAGCUAUUUAUCAAUUGCUACAAACGGGAACAGGAGACGAGCACCAGUUGUUGCAGGACUUUCUUCAAUCGGACCUCGGAAUAGCCACAAAACUGCAAUAUAUUCACAUCUAGUGUAAAUAAAUUCGCUUUUCAUAGUAAACUAUAUUCGAUUGUUAAAUCGUUGGCAAAUAGUUAAAAACAAACAACCACUUCACAACCGACAUUAGCCCAAUUGACACCAGAACGAGAUUCGGUCCACAUCCACGUGGACAAAAAGUUUGUAGAUACUCCCGGUGUAGCCGAUUGUGAAAGCGAUCAGCAUCGAUGUAAUUGAAUCAUAAAAUAUACUGUCUCAUUUCGUUACGAAAUAUAUUAUUCCUUCCAAG